AUGAACAAUUACACCAUGGUAACUGAAUUCAUUCUUCUUGGGCUAACAGACAAGGUGGCAUUUGAAGGCCCUCUCUUCAUGAUAUUUUUUCUGAUCUAUUUUCUGACAUUGGCUGGGAACAUGGGGAUGGUUGUAUUGAUCAAAAUCAGUCCCCGGCUUCAUACCCCAAUGUACUUCUUCCUCAGCAAUCUGUCUGUAGUUGAUGUCUGCUACUCUUCCAUCUUUGCACCAAGACUCUUGAUGAAUUUAGCACAAUUUAAAAUUAUUUCAUAUGCUGGGUGCAUCACCCAACAUUGCUUUUUUGUCAUCUUUGUGAGUACUGAGGGCUUUCUGCUUGCAGUAAUGGCAUAUGACCGCUAUGUAGCCAUUUGUAAGCCAUUGCUCUAUACCACUAUGAUGACCAAAAGGGUCUAUGUCCUGCUAGUAGCAGGUUCAUAUCUAGGUGGAAUAGUGAAUUCCCUCACCCACACUUCUGGCUUGCUUAUGGUGUCAUUCUGUGCCCCAGGUGUAAUUAACCACUUCUUCUGUGAUACACCAGCUAUGUUGAAAAUUUCAUGCAGUGCUACCCAUAUUAAUGAACUUAUAUUGGUCACCUUCUCUGGAAUAAUUGCUCUUUCUACUCUUCUGAUAAUUAUAAUCUCCUACCUGUGUAUCUUGACUAGCAUCAUAAAGAUGCGUUCUUCUGGGAAUAGAUACAAAGCUUUUUCCACCUGUGCUUCCCACCUAACAGCAGUCACCAUGUUCUAUGGGCCAGUUACUUUAAGCCAUUUGCAACUCAGCUCCACGCACAUUCAGCAACAAGAGAAGAUCUCGGCUGUGUUCUACACUCUGAUAGUCCCAAUGCUGAAUCCAGUGAUCUACAGUUUGAGGAACAAAGAGGUAAAAGAUGCCUUGAAGAAAGUGAUUAAUUUUCAAAAAGAAUAA